AUGGUGCUCGCGGAGCUGGGCGGGAGCAUCGCCCGCGCGCUGGCGCGGAUGAGCAACGCCACCGUGGUGGACGAGAAGGUGCUCGCCGACUGCCUCAACGAGAUCUGUCGCGCGCUCCUGCAGGCUGACGUCCGCUUCGAGACGGUCCGCGACGUCAAGGCCAACAUCAAGCGCAUCGUCAACCUCGACGCGCUCGCCGCCGGCACCAACAAGCGCCGCAUCAUACAGCAGGCCGUUGUCGAUGAGAUACGCAGGAUGCUGGAUCCCGGGAAGCCGUCCUUCACCCCUAGCAAAGGGAAGCCCAAUUUGGUCAUGUUCGUCGGUUUGCAGGGUUCUGGGAAAACAACUACCUGCACCAAGUAUGCAGAUUAUCAUCGGCGUAAGGGAUUUAAUCCUGCACUGGUUUGUGCUGAUACAUUCCGAGCUGGUGCUUUUGAUCAGUUGAAACAGAAUGCAACAAAAGCCAAGAUACCAUUCUACGGAAGCUACACCGAAUCAGAUCCUGUGAAAAUUGCUGUUGAGGGCGUGGACAUGUUCAGGAAAGAAAAGUGUGAUCUCAUUAUUGUUGAUACAAGUGGACGCCACAAGCAGGAAGCUGCCCUCUUCGAAGAAAUGCGCCAAGUUUCAGAAGCUACGAAACCAGACCUGGUGAUAUUCGUUAUGGAUGGUAGUAUUGGUCAGGCUGCAUUUGAUCAGGCACAAGCGUUUAAACAGAGUGCCUCGGUUGGUGCUGUGAUUGUUACAAAAAUGGAUGGUCAUGCGAAAGGCGGGGGUGCACUUAGUGCGGUUGCAGCUACAAAAAGCCCUGUGAUAUUUAUUGGAACUGGAGAACAUAUUCCAGACUUUGAGGUUUUCGAAGUGAAUCCAUUUGUUAGCCGUUUGUUGGGUAUGGGUGACUUGUCUGGCUUGGUGAACAAGAUCCACGAAGUUAUUGUACCUAAUAAUCAGCAACCGCAUAUUGCCCCUCAGUUGGUUGAAGGAACCUUCACACUCAGGCUUCUGUAUGAGAUGUUCCAGAGUCUCCAGAGUAUGGGUCCUCUUGGACAGGUUGUCUCUAUGAUACCUGGAUUUAGCGCUCAGUUUAUUGAAAAAGGAAAGGAGAAGGAAGGUCAAGCAAAGAUUAAGCGGUACAUGACGAUGAUGGACUCCAUGACUGAUGCAGGUGAGCUUGUGCAACACUUUCUCUUGGGUAACCACAGUCUGGACAGGCACUGUGAAACUCAUUUGUCUCUUACUGUCUACUUAGAGCUUGACGGGACAAACCCGAAGCUGAUGAACCAGUCACGAAUCAACCGGAUCGCUCGGGGAUCCGGCAGGCUCGUGGAGGAAGUGGUGCACAUGCUGGAGGAGUACAAGCGAAUUGCCAAAAUGUGGAAGAAAUUGCCGCUGCCGACCAACAACAGGAGGACAUUAAAUACGAACCGCGACAUAAGGCCCAUAGCCAAUGCCAUCCCUCCGCAGAUGCUGAAUCAGCUUGGUGGCCUGGUUGGGCUGCAGAAUAUGAUGAAACAAAUGGGCGCUCAAAGUAGAUGA